UCGCCGUUAUUAGCAGUAAAACGAAAAAAAAUCGAAGAAAACAUGUAAAGUGAUAAAACGCAACCAAAAAUCAGUAAUUUCAUUAUCCAUUCAUCACAAACCAACACCCAUACACAUCACAGACGCACACACUAACCACUGAGCCCCUAAAAAAUGGAUCACAAUGAAAUAUCUAUGUGCAUGGACGUCAAAUUGGAUACACAUGACAAGCGCGCCAUUGCGCUGCGGUACAAGACAUGGACCAGAUGUCUGGUCAAGAUCGAGGCCAUCAAGUGUGUGCCGUGCUUUCUGCGCCUUAGCUUUCAGAGCCUGGCUACCGAUGAGGAGCCCCAACAACAACAGCAACAACAAAAACUGUUGAGCGUUUCGGUCAAUGUGCCCGGGGUGAACAUCAGCCUGGCCACCUCCCGCACCAAGCAGCACUCGUACGGGCUCUUCUGGACGCAGAAUCGUCGCGAUUGUUUCAUAUACUUUGCGCUGGAAACGGAGGUUGCCUGUCGUCGGCAUAUGAAGUGGAUCAAAAAGUCGAUCAAAAAUCUUGAAUUGUUUAGGCAGAUCUUUCUGGAGCAGCGCAGAUUCAGCCGUGACACAAGCGCCCAAAAGGCACUGCGCCCCUUGCCAAACGUGCCCGAAUCCUUUUGCUUUGACCUGGACGCAAGUAACUUUUCGUUUUCCGCACGCGUCUCGCAGAUCUAUGAGGAAAUCUUUGACGGGAGCCGCAUCUCACGCGCAUCAAUUGCAUCAGGCAUUUACGAGGAAAUGAACCUGGCGUCCGUUUGUCCGUCUGCAGCCGUCGCGGAGAAGCCACCUGUGGUGCCGCCUCUGCCAGCGCAUCGGAAACGCAUCAACACGUUUGAAUGCCAGCCGGGUGAGAUACCGCGCUCUAGCACCAAUCCCGAGUCUGAGCUGGCCAAGAAGAAAAAAUACAAAAACAUGUUGGACAAUUUCUUUGGCCAAAAGCGUCGAUCGGGCAGCGCCAGCGUCGGUGAGCUCCAGCCAUCCGGGCAAGCAGCGGAAGAGCAGGAAGAGCAGCAGCAGCAACAGUUGGCGUUGUACGAAAAUGCACCGACACCAGAACCAGCGCCAGCUGUGAAACGAACAUCCAACCUUAAGAACGCACAUCGUAACAGCUUUUCGAGCCCAGAUUUGUCGCAGCUCAACUUUCUGGACACCUUUGGCGAGGCAUUGUCCAGCGAUGAACUGAAUAUCAGCCUCGAGGACUCGGCCAUUGAGCACGAUUCACGCCAUGUGCUGCUCGCCCAAAUCGCAGGCCAACUGAGCAAGGCCGACUCGCUGGCGAGCCUGAAUGUGUCCGAGCAGCUGCCCCACAACUUUAACUUCUCCGCCUGCAAUACGUCCACCAUUAAUCUGAUUGGCGCCAACGGCGCCGUCUCACAGAUCCAGCAGCGAAAUAAGAAUGUGUUGGUCGAAGAACUCAAUGGCUACUGCGUCAUGGCGCCCAUCGCUCAGAAGAAAGCCGGCGGCGGCGGCAGCAACGCGGCGAUUGAAAAGAAGCCCAGCGGCAGCACAGCAUCCACCACAUCCGGCUACUCAACGGGUUCCUACUGCUCAUCCACGAGCAGCUGCAACACCGACGAACAAGCGGCCAAAACGACAAACGUUGCCGAGCCGCCAAUUGCAGCUGAGGCGGCACAAAACGAUACAAGCGACAUUUAUGAGUCCAUGCACAUCACUUCACUCAAUAGCAACAGCGUCUUAGCCGAGCAUCUUUAUGAGAAUCUGCUGGCAGUAAAGGCGUCACAGGAGCUUGAGCAGCACCCGCUCGGGCUGGGCUAUGGCCUGAGCACCAGCACACCCACCGAAUCGCCGCUGUUGCCAGCGCUGCCGCCGAAGCAACAGACGCCCACCGCCGAGAAGUCUGGACAGGAGGAUGAGGACUACUAUCAGACACCUCGCAAGUCCAUAAUAAGCGUCGAUGAUAAAAUACCGUCCUAUUAUCCGAACAGCUGUGACACGGUCAAGUCCAAGCGCCGUAGUCCCAGCAGCGCCGAGGCAGCGCCGGGAGUUCGUCAUUUGGUCAGCGCCAAACUGCGUCGCGAACGCAAGGAGAAUCUGUACAUAUCGUCACCCCAGCAGAUUAUCGAGCAGCGGCAUAAAUCAAGCCAGCCUGCAAGCACUUCAUCGGCGUUAGCCAAGACUAAAAAAGACUUUAACAAAAAGACUGCCGCCCACAAAAUCUCCGAGGGUGUCUAUGUCGUCACCCAUCCGACAAAGCGCGCCAGCAAUGGCAUUAGCAACUACAACAACAACAACAACAAUAACAAUAACGAUUUACAGGCCGUGAACGUUGGCGAGGAGGAACUGCUGCAGCUGGUCAUGCUGCAAAAUAUUGAUUUCAAGUUUGACGACGGCCAAGCGCCCGAGGCCAGCACCAGCAUUAAAUCCAAAUCGAAAUCGAGUCAAUUGGAGGACGAGUACGAGCAUUGCUAUCAGGCAGCAGAGCGUGCAACGCGCAUGCUACAAAAAUAUGCCACGCUGGCCAAGUUUGGCAACUCGCCCACCAAGCAGCAGCAGCUGCAGCUAAAGGCAGCCAUGACCCAAUCCCAAUCGGCGUCCAAUACGCCCAACGAAUUGCAGCAGCAGCAGCUGCAGCAGUUGGCGCCGCCGUCCAACAGCCUGAAGAAGUUUGCCUCGUUGCCGCGCUUCAAGAAGAUUGACUUCUCGCCGCUCAAGAUGCGUCUGAAUAAUGUGCUCCAACGGAAUGCGACACCAGCUGCUCCCGCAUCGCCUCAGUAGCAAUAAGCAUGUUUGUUGUU